CUGAACUACUGAACUAGAGCUGAUUGAGACGCACCCAGAGAUUUAGUUUGGAUUUAUUUUUCUCUCUGUUAAUUAUUCUCAUCUUAAACACAGAGGAAAAACUCCUGGUGAAGUGACUGAGAUACUCGUGACAAACUAUUAUAAUUACGGCAUUUAUUAAAGAGGAGAGUGAAGACAUAAAGAUGGAGUUUAUUAAAGAGGAGAGUGAAGACAUGAAGAUUGAAGAAACAUUUAGAGUGAAACAAGAAGAAACUGAGGAACAAACAAAGAUGGCGUUUAUUAAAGAGGAGAGUGAAGACAUAAAGAUUGAAGAAACAUUCAGUAUGAAACAAGAAGAAACUGAGGAACAAACAGACCUGAUGGCACUAAAAGAGGAGACUGAAGUAAAUGAAAUGGAAGAGAAAGAUCAAUAUACGAAUCAUAAUGAUUUCAUAACUGCAGAAAAAUCUUUUAGUUGCUCACAGGCCUGAAAAGACUUCCUCACGAAAAAGAGCUCAAAAUGCAGGGACUAGAAGUCACUUCAUCUGCCAACAUUGUGGAAAGAGUUUCAAUAGAAAAGUAAACCUUAAAGCCCACAUGAGAAUUCACACUAGAGAGAGACCUUUCAUCUGUCAACAGUGUGGAAAGAGUUUCAAUAGAAAAGGAAACCUUAAAGACCACAUGAGAGUUCACACUGGAGAGAGCCCUUUCAUCUGCCAACAGUGUGGAAUAAGUUUCACUCAAAAAGGAAGCCUUAACAGGCACAUAAGAAUUCACACUGGAGAGAAACGCUACACAUGCCAUCAGUGUGGAAAGCGUUUCAAUCAGAUAGGACGCUUUGAAGACCAUUUAAGAAUUCACAGUGGAGAGAAGCCUUUCGCUUGCAAACAGUGUGGAAACAGAUUCACUCUCAAAGAAAGCCUUAAUAGACACAUGAAAAUUCACGACGGAGAGAAGUCUUUCACAUGCUCUCAGUGUGGAAAGACUUUUGAUCAACAUGGAAAACUUCAAGUCCACAUGAGAAUCCAUAAUGGAGAGAAACCCUACACAUGCCCUCAGUGUGGAAAGAGUUUCAAUCAAAUAAGACACUUUGAAGACCACAUAAGAAUUCACAGUGGAGAGAAGCCUUUCACCUGCAAACAAUGUGGGAAAAAUUUCAACCAAAAAAGAAACCUAUAUAGGCACAUGAGAACUCACACUGGAGAGAAACCAUAUACAUACUCUCAGUGUGGAGAGACUAUCAUUCAAAACAGGAACCUUAAAGUCCACAAGAGAGUUUACUCUGGAGAGAGCCCUUUCACUUGCCAACAGUGUGGAAACGGAUUCACUCGCAAAGGAAGCCUUAAUAGACACAUGGCAAUUCACAGUGGAGAGAGUCCUUUCACCUGCAAGCAAUGUGGGAAGGGUUUCAACCAAAAAAGAAACCUAUACAGGCACAUGAGAACUCACAAUGGAGAGAAGCCUUAUACAUACCAUCAGUAUGGAAAGACUAUAGUUUAAAAUGGGAACCUUAAAGUCCACAAGAGAGUUUACACUGGAGAGAGCCCUUUCACCUGCCAACAGUGUGGAAACGGAUUCACUCAAAAAGGAAGCAUUACCAGGCACAUGAGAAUUCACAAUGGAGAGAAGCUUUUCACAUGCCCUCA